AUGGUGGCGCUAUGUAGGUUGAUUCGUCUCAUAAAUCUGGCCCGUGUGGACUAUAGCGCCAUGGGCAAUGGCAGCCCACAGUAUCGGAAAAAGCAGUUUCGGGUGCAGACUAUUGCGUGUACCUUGCAGCUCCUGCCAGCUGGAGGAUCCAGCGGCUCCAUUCAGAAGUACACUGAUGACCGGCCUGCAGCAGCUGGUAGAGGGGGUAUGUAUGCAGUAAAGGCUCAAAGUGUCCUGGGCAACAUGAUCUCGACAGUUUAUUCUUAUCCACCCAGGCGGUCGCUCAACACAAAAGUUAACGACGAUGAGGUCAAGGGGCAGAAGCCAAAAGAAAUGCAGGCCAGGCGGAUCUCUGACCGCAAGUCGCAUUCCUUCAUUUCUUUAUUUCUUUUCUGA